AUGGUUAAACAUUUUCAAAAUGUUCUGAAGAAGGGAAACCUGGGGGAGGAGAUCACUAAUGGAAUGAAAAAGGGAGACAGGAAAUGUAUGCAAUUUGUGACAGCAGUCAUUGGAGAGAAGGUUGUUCUGAAUUGCACUAAUCACACGCUAGAAGUGAUCAUUGCUGUAUUUUGGAAAUUUGACAACAAAGAAGGAUCCAACUGUUCUUUUGCCUGGAGAGCGGAGGGAAAUAUGAGUUCAAGUAAAUGUGAACUGACAGGCAUUACACUGUUUAGAAAAGACCUCCACAUAUUCCCAGCUGAGCUAAGUCAUACAGGAAAUUAUACUUGUCGAUAUGAUUAUAACCGUGGACAUGAAUGUGUGGAAUACAACUUAACAGUAACAGAUAAUGCUAGCAAAGGCUGGGUUUUUCUGGCUGUGAUUAUAUCUGCAGCUGUUGGAGGAUUAUUACUACUCCUGCUAAUUGGAUAUGGGAUACGAGUUAAAUUCAAGCAGCGUAGAAAGCCGCAGUCAGAAAACCAAGCUUGGGCCAUGCAGUCCUUACAGCCAGCUGCUCCUGCUUCUAAUACUGUACUGCCAGAUGACGAUGAGAGAGUUCAAAUCCCUCCAGACUCUUACUUCAUUGUCAACUCCUGGUAUGGUUAUUUACGAUAAUGAUAUUAUUCCCGCUGGUAAAAGGAAAACUAAAGUGAAAUCUGGAAAAAAAAUCAAUAAACACCCAAAAAAAGAGAAAACAGUUUCUAAAAGGAUUUACUUUGUCUAGCACGAUUAAACUAAGAACUGGAA